GCGAUUCAAAAAUAUAUCUGCAAGGUCUUAUCAGCAACGACAGCAACCCUACGCAGAAAGUUGGUAAGACUGUUUUUUCAAGUCUGCUCCAGAUCGAUUCGACAUAGGAUCAAUCUAACAAGGGAUCGGGCAAGAUGAGUUUGGAGGAAUACUUCAAACGAAUUGAUUUCCACGGCUCUUAUGAUAAACUGGAUCUCGAAACACUGAAGUUGAUCCACAAACAUCACGUCAUGUCGAUUCCAUUCGAAAACCUCAGCAUACACUGCGGUGAGAAGAACAUCAUGGACUUUGAUGUCAUUUUCAACAAGAUUGUGAGGAACGGCCGCGGCGGUUGGUGCCUUGAGAACAACUUCCUGUUUAACUGGGUGCUGAGAGAAAUGGGCUACGACACUACGAGUUUGGGCUCCAGAGUUUUCAACUGCAUCCUCAAUGAUUUUUCCCCCCUUGAUUCUCAUUUCAUCAACAAGGUUGUCAUUGAUGGAAAGGCUUAUAUCACAGAUGUAAGCUUUGGGGUGUCUUUCCAGGUGUGGGAGCCCCUGGAGCUCAUCUCUGGAAAGGACCAACCUCAGGCAGCGGGUGUCUUUCGCCUCAUAGACCAGGGGGACAUCUGGGUGCUGGAGAAAACUGGUAGAAAGAAAGAGAUUCUCAAUCCAGAGUUUGCCACAUCAAGUCUGGUGAACAGCAAGGAUCAUAACCAGAUUUACUGCUUCACCUUGGUGCCUCGUGGGGCCGAGCAUUUCCUUGAGAUAAACAACAAACUGCAGACGGAGACUUCACUGUUCACCAGUAAGUCCAUCUGCUCUUUGCAAACACCAACAGGAUUCAGAGCCCUGAUUGGCUGGAUCUACAGUGAGGUCACCUACAAACCUGAUGAAGGAAUUGAUGUCUUCGACAUAAGAAACAUAACGGAUGAUGAGAUAGAGCAAACUCUCCGUGAAAAGUUCAAUAUAAGGCUAAAGAACAAACUGCAGCCUAUCAACAACAAGUCAUUCUACACAUUAUGAAAUCCUACAAAUAUCCUGUUUUGAAAUUCACCUGGAAAGAUCUCACAACCUGUGUUGAUUUAAUGCCAUCCAGGUGGAGCAGCUUGUUGAAGAACUAUCUAUUGGAAUCAUGAACUGUGCUUUGAAUUAAAGUUUUCGAAUUAUGAAAAUUGUGCAAUUGCAUCAGGCUGGGAGAAGUCAAAAUGAAGUUAAUGCAAGGAGCAAUGUCUUCCUUAAGGAAAGUAUUAAUGACCAAAUAAAAAAUAUUUUAAUUAUUUUCAAAUCUACAUGUAAACCAAAUGUGUUGUUUGCCAAAAAUAUAUUUCUUAUAACUUUCUUGUACCAGUGUACUCUGCUAAGCUUCAAGUUAUAUGAUUAUGAAAACCAUUGUGCUUGCAUGUACCUGUAUUCUGUGUAAUCUCUCCUAUAUCAUCACCAUGAUUAAAUAUUAUGCUCUCACAUAUAUUUCUCU